CGUUUUUUUGAAGGCCACACCCGUCAAAGCGCUUCAGCCUUUCUUCGCUCGAGAGCGAGCGAUCGAGCGAUGGCGAAGAGUCGAACGGACUCUCGCUGGGUGAGACGUUGCCUCCUCUGCUGGCUGGGCCCUCUGCUCUUCGUGGGUCUGGCACCCUCGCUGCUGGGCAAGGCGCAGGAGGAUGAGUUCGGUGCCCUGGGCCUGCUGCUGAUGCCUCUGCUGGGCCUCACUGCCGCGUCUCUGCUGGGCAUGGCAUGCUCGCUGGCGGGAUGCCCCUUUCACCUCGUGCUGCUGAUCCAGGUCCCGGCACAGGUCUUGAUCUUCUUCUACGCCUCCCACGACGCGUCCCAUGCAACUUUGCCCUCCCCGCCGCUGCGGGGCGGGCAGGGCGCCGUGGUGCCGGCAGUCCAACCCGCGCAGAAACUCCAUCCGCCGGCUCUGGCGGAUGCGAACUUCAAGCCCAGCGGUCAGUGGGACCAAAGCAACUUCCUGCAGAAGACGAAGACCACGAUCCCCCAGACGAUGUCGGUAGUGCUGCCAUGCUUGAACGAGCCCUACGCCGCCAAGACGGUCAUGAGCUUCUGCAACCGCACCCCCUCCGAGGUCCUCGAGGAGAUCAUCGUGGUGGACGAUGCCUCGGUGCCGCCCAUGGAGGAGAAGCUGAAAGACAUCCCCAGCCACUGCAAUCUGAAGGUUUUGAGGCACAAAGAAUCUCUGGGCUUGAUGAUCGCGAAGCAGACCGGCGGUGAUGCAGCAAAGGGCACCUACAUCGGUUUUUAUGACUGCCACGUGGCUCCUGCGGUCGGCUGGCACAAGGAGACCAUCGAGAUGCUUUCAAAGAAGGAGCGCCGUUUGGUCGUCCCGAUGAUAGGGGACUUAGACAUGGACAAGUGGGACGAGAAGGUGCACGGCGCACUCACUGCCAAAUGCUACAUCAACUUCAAUGCGGACUUCUGGUGGUACGACGACGAGUCGGACUUCAUCCCGGUGAUCAGCGGGGGGUUGGUGGCCACCACCCGGAAGUGGUGGCAAGACUCCGGGGGCUUCGACCCCGGCAUGCGAGGCUGGGGCGGGGAGAACACGGACCAAUCCCUGCGCGCCUGGCUCUGCGGUGGCGACAUCCUCCGUGCCAAGUCCAGCCGCAUCGCGCACAUGUGGCGUGUCGACUCGGAUCCUCGGACGUUGUCGAAGUUCAAGCUGCACCACCACACAGACAACUUGGCCAGAGUGGCCGCCAUUUGGUUCGGCGAGUUCAAAGACAAGUUCCGAGAUGGCACCCUGGAUCCGAGCCUCAACGUCACCGCAGCAACGCGGCGCAUCCAGGACCUGCAGUGCAAACCGUUCGUCCACUUCCUGCACAGAUUCCGUACGCUCUACCGGGGUGGGGGUGUGCUGCCGGACAAAGUUUUCCACUUGCAGCUGAAGGGCACGGACCAAUGCAUGACCAAGCUCUCCAAAGGUCUUGGCUUGGCCAAGUGCACUGCAAAAACGACCCACUUCCACUUGGCCAACAUGUUGCCCCACGGAUUUCCUCACCCCGACGAUUUCGAUUCUCCUCAGUCUGAGAGCGGGCACCAGGUGGUCUGCGGUGGUCACAGCGCCGCCAGCUGCGCCCUUUGCCCUCAAGGCCACGGCCAGGAGUAUUGCCACAUGGACUGCAGGUGGCUCUUCGGGAACUGCGUGCCCCGCGAGGCCGCGAGCCACGCGCCGCUGGCGCCGGAGCUGCGGUUCUCGGGGCUGCGGCUCUGGAACUCGAUCGAAUGCCUGGAUCGCUUGGAUGCCAGCGGUCCCAUCCUGUAUUUCUGCGACAUCACGGGUCACAACUUGAAUCAGCAGUACAUCUUCGACCGCCGCGGGGUGCUUCAUCACGGCUCUGGUAAAUGCGUCACGGUGGAUAGUGCCAACCACAUCGUGGCCGGGGCCUGCGAGGGCGCAUCGCAGUGGGAAAAGAUCGAGAUGUUCGUCCCUGCCGAAACUACAAGAUACCUGGAGUCUGUCAAACGCGCUGGACUGACGGACGAUAUGCCUGAUGGAUGAGCCUCAACAUGUGGUGUUUUUUUGUUUCAGUCCUUUUGCCCAUGGCGGGGCUCUCAGAAGAAGCCCGUCUUUGGCGGAAUCAGCGCCAAAGGCGACGCUCUGUGUUUAGAUGCGGCACGGUUCGCUUCGAAGCGGCAUGCAGUCAAGCACGGGAUUUCGCGAAUACCUUUUC